GGGAAGGGCCGGGGCUGGAAGUUGCCGCCCUCCCUCCGUAUCCGGGUGGUUGCUCCCGGGCGCAGCCGGACCGCCGGAGCCGGUGCCAGGCGAAGAUGGCGUAUCCCGGACAGCCGUAUGGAGGAGCUCCAGGAGGACCAGCAUUCCCUGGACAAGCUCAGGAUCCUUUGUAUGGUUAUUUUGCUGCAGUAGGAGGGCAGGAUGGACAAAUAGAUGCUGAUGAGCUACAGAGAUGUCUCACCCAGUCAGGGAUUGCAGGAUCAUAUAAACCUUUCAACUUAGAGACUUGCAGACUCAUGAUCUCAAUGCUGGAUAGGGAUAUGUCUGGCACACUGGGAUUUAAUGAGUUUAAAGAACUCUGGGCUGUGGUCAAUGGCUGGAAGCAACACUUUGUAAGUUUUGACAGUGAUGGAAGUGGCACAGUGGAUCGUCAGGAACUGGAGAAAGCCUUGAUGACCAUGGGAUUUAGACUGAGCCCACAGGCUGUGACUGCCAUCACAAAGCGAUACAGCACUCAAGGAAAGAUUGCAUUUGAUGAUUACAUUGCCUGCUGCGUGAAACUCCGAGCUCUCACUGAAUGCUUUAGAAGAAGGGAUACAACUCAGCAGGGUUUUGUGAACUUCCACUAUGAUGAUUUCAUACAGUGUGUUAUGAGCAUCUAAAUCAAAAGGAAGCAAGCCGUGGAUGAUCAUGAUUUAACAUUCCAGUAUGUGUUUUGCUUUGCCAAGUUCUCCAAAGACUGUGUAUCUCAAUAUUGGAAAUUGCAUAUUUCAUGAAGGCAUCCCUUUUCACACAUUUUUUAGUCUUGAUAAUGAAUAUGAACUACUCAUGUACUGUUGUCUUUAACUUCCAAUCUGUGAUUAUUAAAGCUGCUUUUAUUUUCAUAAACUUGCAAUUCACUAUGUGUAACUCAGAUCACACAAAUGGUAAGACUUUCAGUCAUGUGUCUACUUUUUUCCCAUGAUUCACCAAAAUCAGUUUCUGGAAUACAACUUACCAUUUUCUGACUUAAACAGUAACGUGUUUGACUUAUGAGAAUACAUAUUUUCUUGUCUUUGACAACAUAGGACAGAUGUACAAACUAAAAGGGAUUUUGGAAUGGUCAUUUUGCACGGGUCUGUUAAAACAUCAGUAAGUUUUGGUUACUUACUUUGUCAGCUCUCUUGAAGAUGAAGCCUGUGACACCAUGCACUGACUGUAAGACUACCUGCUAGAACUUCUUUUAAGCAGGAAUGCAACAAAACAUAGCAGAAAACUCUUCUAGCCUUGUGCCCUGGUACCAGGGGCUUUGUUCUUGUAAGAUUCUUGCUUUGUUUGUGUCACUACAUAAAACACUUUUAAACAUACAAAA